CAGCAACCCAUCCACAUCGUUUUCACAACAGACUAUCCUUUACCCUAGCUCAUCACCAAAAUGAAGCUAUUCACUGCCGUAUUCUUGUUUCUGUCUACGCUGCUUGCAGCUGAUGCUGCCCCGGCGAAACGAGCCCCCAAUUCCGUGGAUGUGACGUCCAACUAUGACUGGAACGACCGCGAGGCGCGAGCUGUGGAUAUAUCAUCGAAAUUGAAUCUCAUCCUCGCUUCCUCAUGUUCCUCUGCCACCUCCAUCAUCCCAGAGCACUUUACUAUGAUUGAUCCCUGGUAUACAGCCCCUGUGACCAUCACCGACAUUCUGUCCAUCCCAUUGAUCCGAUCUGCCGCGCCACGACUGGCUGCUGCUGGCAAAUCUGACUCCGCAGGAGAUUGUCCAAAGACAGCCCCGAUCAUUGAGUCUGUUUGCGGUCAACCCUUGCAAUCCUUCAAGGCAGAGAGAAUCUGCGCCCCCUUGAACAUGUGCGCAGCCUAUCUUUCAUUGGCCGACGCCCAGCAAGCAGGCAGUCAUGUCUCACAGGGCUAUUACAUCGAGACCCAAGCCAGGCUCACACCCAUCCACGCGCGUGAGAUGAAGAGUGCCGGAGCACACUGGAUUCCAGUAUGGGUACGGCUCCCUGGUGUUACUGUACUACGGUCUAAGCGAAAACUGGGAUUCGUGAUCAUGGGCGAUAACCUGCGUGGAACCAAUGCGGCUGCGGAUAUCAUUUCUGAUGAUCUCAUCGAUGAUGUUCUCAGCGUUCCGAUGAAUGAUUGCUUUGACUGGAUACGAAGGGUUGUGACAGCCCAGCGAUGGGAUUGUGUAACUGUGGUCUGUGAUUGA